AUGUCAUACGUUUUAGCUGAAACUGCUGCUGGGUAUGCUUUAUUAAAAGCCAGUGAUAAGAAGAUCUAUAAAAGUGAUAGUUUAAUUGAAGAUUUAAACAGUGCUGAAAAAGUAUCAAAACAAUUCAAAAUUGAAAGUUUUGAAAAAUUUCAAAGUGCUGCUAAUGCUUUAGAAGAAGCUAAUGCUAUUAUUGAAGGUAAAGUAUCAGAUAACUUAAAGAAAUUAUUGAGUGAAGUUAAAACUGAUAAAAAAGUUAACUUGAUUGUUUCUGAAACUAAAUUAGCUAAUGCUAUUAAUAAAUUAGGAUUAGAAUUUAAAGUUAUAUCUGAUGCUGCUUCAAUGGAUUUACAUAGAGCUAUAAAAGAAUAUUUACCUGAAUUAUUACCAGGAUUAAAUGAUAACACUUUAAAUCAAAUGUCAUUAGGUUUAGCUCAUUCAAUUGGUAGACAUAAAUUAAAAUUUUCUGCUGAUAAAGUUGAUACUAUGAUUGUUCAAGCUAUUGCAUUAUUAGAUGAUUUAGAUAAAGAAUUAAACACUUAUGCCAUGAGAUGUAAAGAAUGGUAUGGAUGGCAUUUCCCUGAAUUAGCUAAAAUGAUCACUGAUUCUGUUGCUUAUGCUAGAAUUAUUUUAACUAUGGGAGUUAGAUCAAAUGCUCAAGAUACUGAUUUAUCUGAAAUUUUACCUGAAGAAAUUGAAGAACAAGUUAAAUCAGCUGCUGAAGUUUCAAUGGGUACUGAAAUUACUGAAUUAGAUUUAAUUAAUAUUAGAGCUUUAGCCGAACAAAUUGUUGAAUUUUCUGCUUAUAGAGAACAAUUAUCAAAUUAUUUAUCAUCAAGAAUGAAAGCUAUUGCUCCAAAUUUGACUGUUUUAGUUGGUGAAUUAGUUGGUGCUAGAUUAAUUGCUCAUGCUGGUUCAUUAACUUCAUUAGCUAAAGCUCCUGCUUCAACUUUACAAAUUUUAGGUGCUGAAAAAGCUUUAUUUAGAGCUUUAAAAACUAAACAUGAUACACCAAAAUAUGGUUUAUUAUAUCAUGCUUCAUUAGUUGGUCAAGCUACUGGUAAAAAUAAAGGUAAAAUUGCCAGAGUUUUAGCUGCUAAAGCUUCAGUUGCUUUAAGAUAUGAUGCUCUUUCUGAUGAUAGAGAUGAUUCUGGUGAUUUUGGUUUAGAAGUUAGAGGUAAAGUUGAAUCAAGAUUAAGUGCUUUAGAAGGUAGAGAUUUAAGAACUUCUUCUAAAAUAGUAAAAGAACAACCAAAGGUUGAAAUUUCUGAAGCUAGAGCUUAUAAUGUUGAUGCUGAUGCUCCAACUACUUCUAAAGCUGAAGAUUCCGAUGAUGAAGAUUCCGAUGAAGAAGAAGAAGAAGAAAAGAAAGAAAAGAAGAAAGAAAAGAAGGAAAAGAAAGAAAAGAAAGAUAAAAAGAGAAAGAGAGAUGAUGAUGAAGAAAAAUCCUCCAAGAAAUCAAAGAAAGAUAAGAAAGAUAAGAAAGAUAAAAAGGAUAAAAAAAAGGAAAAAAAGGAAAAGAAGAAGAAAGAUUAG